GCGGAUUGGUUGUUUGUGCAGAUUUGACCACCAUAACAGCGGAAGUUGAUUUAACGUGUCGCUAAAGCUCUUCAAUGUAGUGAAAUUCUUUAGAUUUUACAGAUUAUAUCGUGAAACGUCAUUGUUUUGAGUGUGUGCCUUACGAAAUUGUCAAUGUGCCGAGGUAUAGGUUAAUGUAUUCACAACAUUAACGAUGUCCGAAGAACAUAUAUGAUGUCAGAUACAGAUGUCAAUGGGUUAUUACUUCAACGUGGUCAGUUUGAAAGCUAUAACGAAAACUUUAGCUAAACUUCUUGUCGGAUCUCCUGUAAGGUUUUUUUACCCGUUCAGAGUAAAACGUUUGCCGUAAACUGUUACUGGACUAGUCCUGAAAAUGGAUCAAAUUGGUGUUUCAACAUGUCAUCAAAAUCUGAAGCAAUGUUUCCACACGUUGGAAACUAACCACAAAGCAUGGAACUCAGUGCUGACUGAAUGCACUCCUCUGGUCAGUUCGCUGGGAAACUUAGGGGAGCAAUUACGGGCCCUGGACAAUAUACAGGUCGGUGUUACUCAACUGCACCACUUCCCCGAUUUGCAGGAACGUCUGCGUUUUAAACUUCUACAAGCUGUUGAUGUUGUUUUGGGCAAAUUGACAAAUAAAAUGGACGAGCUUCAGAAAUUGCUGAAAACCCUGAGCAACCAGGUUUCUACAGUGUUCCAGUUUUACGAGCAAAACACGGAUACACUCGACUUAGCCACCUGUACCUUGAGGUCUGCCACAUCGCCAUCCAUAGCAGACAUGUUGGAGUGGCUUCAAGAUGCCAAUAGCUACUACCGCCAGCAAUUCUUGAGGAGAAAACACCUGUUGCAAGUGCUGAGACCUGAUGACCUCUCACUUGUGGAAGAGGUUCCCAAAAGAUGGGAAUCUGUUGACUCACCUGAUGGAGAGGAGCAUAUUUCAGACACACUGUCCAGAGUCUCUUUCUUUGUUGACUCCUAACAAUUACAACUCCUAACAAUCUGAACACCCUGAAGACUGGAUAAAGUCUAGGACAUCUAUCACUGUCUGUCAGCUUUGUUGUCUGCUGUCCACUCAACCUGGCUUUGAAAAGGGACAGACCUAAACAGAGACAUAGGAGAUGCAUCUGUGUUCAUCAAGAGCAAUGAAGGCUGAAAGGCUGGAGAAAUUGGACAGGAGCUCGAGCGACUCGAGCUAGGCUGCAUGGAGUGAGCUCAGCAUGGCUUUGUCUAAAUCUGACUGAAGUGCAAGCAGUCUGCCUCGAGGCUGUAGUGUAUCGAUGAACAGUUUGCAGAGGAAUGGGACCAGUAUGGUCUGGAAAUAUCACCUGGUUUUUUUUUUUUCAUGAGAAUUGCAUCUCUUAGAAAAUAAAUUACUUUGAUAUUUCCACAGAGUGGAUAGUAGUCCUUCAGAGAAAGCCAUGAUCAUUUCUUACUUUUUAUCUAUAUAACAAUUAUAUGAUCAUCAUUCUAGGAUAUAAAAAAAAUAAGUCAAAUGUUAUUUGUAUUGUCCUGUAACAACAGGGGGCAGGCUUUAGCUAAUUAGCUUCAGCCAGCCUCCCUCUGCUUGAAUGUUGGAAAUGAAUCAUGCUGUAUAAAAGCUAUUUCUCCAUAGUUUUCAUCCAAAA